UGUCUACUAUAACUACAGCUGGCAUUAGUAGUGUUGAAAAGGGCUCUAACUGUAUGUCAGUAUGACUGCAGAGGAGACGACUAUCCCCUCUCUCUCUACAUCUUUAACACACAUAUUGAUAGACAGUUAGUUGUGUUGUGUUUUUGGCGGCUGUUAUGCCAAUGCCUCUACAGUAUAGUAAUUUGGGCGCCGAUAUGUACUACUGAUGACAUUAAAUGGGGAUAUAGUGGCCAAUGAUCACUAAGUCUAUGGACCACACUGUUGGUCACCAUCAGUGUGACCUACUUGUGCCACAUCAUGUGCUAAAUUUUACGUUAAAAGGAGGCCCUCCCUGGGGUUUCCGUAUCAAACAGAGGAGGGAUCAAGUGAUCGUCUCCAAGAUAAACUGUGGCAGUAGAGCCUCGAAGAGUGGGCUCCGGGUGCACGAUGAGAUCAUAGCAGUGAACAAUUUUGAAGUGGAUAAACACCCGCCGACUUUGCACCGGCAGACUGAAGAACAGGACUCUAAGGAGAUUAGCGAAUCGGACCAAUUGACAAAACUAGACUUUACUUAUCAACUAAUUAAACAUACACUCAACCGACAGUUGCAUCUAACUGUCCGCAGGCAUAGCGACUCUGAGUUGGCCCGACAUAUAUACUAUCACGUGGACGAUGAAGAUGAAGAAGUUUUUGAAUUGAAUUCGCGCCGGGAUUUCAAUGUUUUCGCUGAUUAUAUCAAACGCUGUGACGUUGAAAACAGUGAAAAAUUUGCUGAAUUCAUAUAUAUUAGUGAUGAUGAUGGAGAUGAUGGAGAAAAUGGUGAUUUUAUUAUUAAUAAUAAUAGUGACAAUAAGUUUGAUGACAUUGACAAUAACGGCAAUAACAACAACUACUACUACUAUUACGGUAAUGAUAGUCGACAGUUGACUGAUGUGUCGAAGGAGGACACUGUCAACAACGGUAAUAGUGAUCAGGAGAUCAGUGAAUACACUACUGACUUAACAGAUGAUAAUUUAGUGGAUUAUAAUAACCAAUAUUAUGAUUAUCAUCACUACUGUAUGAGUGACAAUGUAUUGCCGCCACUCAUCGGUGGUCUCGAAACAAUCGAUGAGGAACUUGAGGAUAACCUAAGCUGUUCCAAUGGUGGUAGUAGUAGUAGUAGAAGUAGUAGUAGUAGUGUUAAUAGUUUUACCAGUGAUAGUGCCUGUGUUAGUCAAACUACUAGUUCAUCUGACAAAUGUCAUGCAAUUGCUGUCAAUGAUGGCGGUGGUGACGAUGAUGAUGAUGAUGACGACGACAACGAUGACUAUGAUGAUAGCACUGCACUACACCAGCAAUCGCACAGCGAGGAGGAGAUACUCUCGCCAUCGGAAGACUUUGAUGCAAAUGAUUUCCUAAUACCGCCGCCAGAUAUAGACUUUGGUGAUCCGUCGCCGGACAACUCGCCGAUUCACGCGGCCAUUACCAUCGGCGACCACAUUGACCAGCAAAGCGAUAAGACAUCCGACAUACUUCCCUUAGCUCUGUCUCCCGAUUCUGAUGAUAGCGAUAUGCCUGCCUUUACCGGCGGACCGACAUUCAAAGCUAAAGCACCGAAAAAUGUAUGGAGUCCGGGCAGUACAACCAACAGUUCCUGUAGUACAGAGACGACAAUACCAGCGACAAUACACCAUCAGAUUCAUCCAUCAGAUCGCGAUUCAAUAGCCAAUAGUAGUUUCCGUCCCCUAAAAGCGACGACACCGGGUUCAGCGACAACAGGUGCCAAAUAUACAGUGGAAAGUCAUUUUACACUAACAUCUCAGUCGCCGACAACCAGUGAACUGACCACCGAUGAGCAUCACGUCGAACACUUGGCCGAACUCUACGACCCGAACCAAACUGUAACUCCUGUUCACAAGUACUGGACAUUACCGCGUAGUAUAGCCACCGCUACGAAGACACAGUAUAUUAUUGAAGACCAGCAAGAGUUACAAAAACAGGAUCCAAUAAUUAGACAGUCAUCUCAUAUACAGCUCAGUCAUUCACAUAAACCACUUAAGGAACAACAGCAACACAUUCAUCACCGACACGUCAUAACGGAUCAGCCGCCACCACCCGGUGCUAAAUACCUGUAUGAAACAGAAGAUACCAAAUAUUUUACUCUACCAAACACAACAGUGUCGGAAACAGUGACGACGACGACGACAAAUCGUAAGGUAAUACCGGCGCCGCCUAAAACUGAAGGCAUCGGACCGGUCGAUGAAAGUGGUUUACCUUUGACUCUCAAAUCGGGCGUAAAAGAUGAAUACGCGUCCGAUUGGUAUAAGGCAUGGGUCAGGAAAAUGCAUAAAUUUGACAAAACUCAUACUGAAGAGGACGAGGAGGCGGUCAAAGUCAAAGUAAAGCCCACUAAAUAUAAAGGAAGAGACUAUCGGCUGAGUCCCGGCCUUAAUGAGGAGGAUAGUAAGCGCCGACACACUUAUGUGCCUAAAAACAUAGCCGACUACGAACCGGGACAUUCCAGUAUAUCUGAACUUGAAAAACAAAUGUUUUACGACCAUAUAUUCACUUAUAUCGACUCAAUAUUUGCUGAGGUCUUCUCCACAUCCUUUCAGGAACCGCUACCCAGUGUCGAGUCUAACACUAUUAGUCCGAUGGUAUCGCGCGUACCGAUCAUUCAGGAAAGUAGAGAUGAUAUAUGUCUGGCCCAACGUACACACCAACCCGCACCACCCUAUCAUCACCCGAACUGUGUGUUUAAUACAUUGACAACCGGCAGUGGUUAUGAAUCAGAUUCUUCGUAUAUCAUUAAGAAAAAGGAAAAGAAAGGUCUGUCACCGACCUCUCGCGAUGUUUACCUAUCUGUGCAAAGAGGAGAUGAUAUACCGCUGACAGGACUCCAGAGGCCGGCCCCACAGCCUCGCGCUCACAAACACCCAAACUACAACAACCCAGGAAUUGACUACUAUUCGGACAGUCUUAGGAGUCCACCCGCUCCUCCUCUUCCUCCACAACGUCCACCACCGCUGUCUGACCAGUCUAUCGACGACUGGCAGCAACAGAUUACUGAAGAUUUUGAUUUUAUUUAUGAUACUCUUCAGCGAAAACAAGAGUCAAUUGACUCGUCGACGAAACAGUUGAUUGACAUACAGUUGUUGUCGUCAAGUGUUGCGCCAAAUGUUGAACAACCCUUAGAUGAUGACACUGUCGAUAGCGAAGAGUAUUUAGUCAUAGGUCUUAGUGAUCCCAAAGAGUCGAUCUAUAAGUCCUAUAAAGAGGGAAUUGAAGGAAUAGUUGACAAUCCCAUUGACUUCUCUAUUAAUAUGCCGACAAAAGUGUCUCAUCAUCAGUACGAUGAACAACAGGUUAAUAUACAUUUUAAAACACCAAUAAAUCAGUUAAAAAUGGAUCAAAUAAACGGUGAUGACUUUGGUAGACAACAAGCGGAACAAAUGAGUGGUUAUUAUGAUGGCGAUUAUCAGAGGACCGAUAAAGAAGAUACUUAUAAUAUACGGCGACACCAUUACUCGCCUACCAGUCACUCACCCGUGCAAUUGGAUAGAUAUGAUAAGGCAUACUCUGGCAAAGAGAAUAGACAACAGAGAAAAUUAGGCCGAGUUUUAUAUGACUUCCAGGCGUUGGCCAGCCGUGAGUUGUCUGUGAAGAAAGGAGAUCUCGUUCACAUUAAUCGACCCAAAGAUCAUAAUUGGGUUGAAGUGGAGGACACAUACAGCGGACUAAUUGGUCUGGUGCCGCGCACAUACCUCGAUCUAGAACAGGAGGGUUUCGCAAAAGCCAAGUUUGACUUCAUCGCCAAAACUCCUGUCGAAGUUUCAUUCAAAAGAGGAGAAAAGUUGACUUUAUUGAGAAGAGUCGAUGAGAACUGGUAUGAAGGAGUCAAUGGUAGACAAGAAGUGGGCAUUUUUCCGUGCAGUUAUGUCGAAGCUAUCAAACAGCCCUUAGCACUUCGACCUAAUAAUCAGAUAUUAUCUCCGGUUCAGUCUCUGUCACCACCAGAACAGCAGUCAGUUCCGGGUCUUCCUCGAAGGCCUGAAUCACCCAUUUAUGUGAAUCACCAAUCGAUGCCUAACAAGAGAUUUGAUCCGCAUUUCAGCAGACAUUCAAUCCGGACUAACGUUAAGCCUAUGUUAUAUAAAGUGAUGUAUCCAUACAAACCACAACAAUUGGAUGAGUUAGAGUUACAGCCGGGAGACCUGUUAAUGGUGACCAUGCAGUGCGACGACGGCUGGUUUGUCGGCCGAUCGACCAGUUCGGGUAAAAUCGGCACAUUUCCCGGCAAUUAUGUCCGACAACUCUAACUAUCUAAAUAAAUAAAUAUAUAUAAAUAUCUCAUUGAUUUUAAAAAUAUAUAAACAUCACAUCUCUCUCAUAGUUGUUAUUAAAUUUUAAAAAAUUAAAAACAAAUUGAUUGACAAUUAUAUUUGAAACGCUAGUCUU